AUGGCCGACGCAAAGAUACAAGAACUCCUCACAAAGGAUCGCGACAAGCUCACGGAGUACGAGAUUGCGCAGCUUGAGGAGCACGAGUUCUCGGCCGGACCUCUGUCGAUUCUGCAAACCGCUGUUCGCUCACAUACCCAAGUCCUGAUCUCCGUCCGCAACAAUCGCAAACUGCUGGCGCGCGUGAAGGCUUUCGACCGACACUGCAACAUGGUACUGGAGAAUGUGAAGGAGAUGUGGACAGAGACACCGAGAUUGGCAGACGGAAAGAAGGGAAGGCCUGUCAACAAGGACCGUUUCAUCAGCAAAAUGUUUCUAAGAGGCGAUAGCGUCAUCCUUGUACUACUCAGCUGA